AUGUCUUCGAAGCUUAAGUGGACCAGACUGACUCGAAGGUAUCGGAUAAAGGCGGGCGUGCCGACGUUGAUUUUACUGGAGGCGUCCAACGGAUCGGUUGUGACAAGAGGAGGUGUCGAGCGAACUAUCGCCGAUCCCACCGGCGCGGAAUUCCCUUGGAGACCUCCGCAUCCGAAAGCUGCCCUCGAGGAUGGACCUCUCCUACCGUGCGGCGCUCGCGACAGCAACGAGCCUAUGUUGCACGAGGAGCUCCGCCACUGCUUCAAAGGGGUUUACUUCAGUGCACAUUGGUGUCCGCCUUGUAAAGCAUUCACCCCGCAACUCGUGGAUACGUAUCAACGAAUCCGGGAAAGAGGCCACGAUUUUGAAGUAAUUUUCGUGAGCUCGGACAGGAGCGAGGACUCUUACAAUGCGUACACCGAAACAAUGCCUUGGUUGAGGAUACCUUUUAAUCAAGAAGAAAGACGUCGAAAAUUGGCGAGAGCUUUCGACGUACAGGCAAUACCUACUUUAGUCAUUCUGGAUCCUCGCGACAAUAUAAUCACUCUAGAUGGACGCGCUGAAUUGAUCGAAGAUCCAGAGGGACUGAAUUUUCCCUGGAGCUUUAGACUGGUGAAUAUCCUAACAGAAAAGUAUGCUACAUCAUUACAUGAUGCUCCAGCCAUUAUCUUGUUUGUCGAGGGAGACGAUUGUGAAAUUCAAUUUGGAGAAAGUGUACUAUUGCCAGCUGCACAAAUAUAUAGAAGGGAUCAACCUGAUUAUGAUCCAAAUUAUGAUGAUCCUGAUGAUGAUUCUUUGCAGUUUUACAUAGCUUUAGACUGUGAAACAUCGGACAUUCUUCGCGAAUUCAUUGGUUUGGAUGAUGCAGUACCUCUUUUAACUGCUAUCGACAUUCCGCGAGGGAUAUAUGUUGUAAUGGAGUACGGUGCUGAGAUUACUGUGGACUCUGUGCAACAGUUCGUCGAUGGAUUUCUCAAUAACAAACUGCCGAUAAAUAAAAUAGCGGCAGUGCAUAAAACAUCAAAAACUACCGAACGUAUGCCGGCCUAAAAUCAUACAAAAAGUUAAUUAAAUACAAAAUUUGUACUUGUCAAAUUUUAUAACGGUUGUUCAGACAAAAAAGUCCCUCUUUUUCUCUUCUUCUUUUCCUCUCCUGUCUCUGUGAUAUCGUCGUUCUUUAUAUAGAGAGAUUCGCGUGUAAGUUGUACUUGUUCUUACGUAAUUCAUCGCGAAUGUAACAAAAAAAUCUGUAUUAUACCACAGUCAAAACUAAAUUGAUCAAAUUGUAUUUUUUAGUGUACGUACGUACGUAAGACGCACACGAAUACGUUAAUAUAUUAUAAAUUACUAAAUAAAUACCAGGUAAGCGCACUGGAGGUUCUUGUGUUUGUAAAAUAGCCUAUUCAUUGUUAUGUAGCUUAUAUACGAGCUGCAUUGUACUUAC